AAAAAAUUAGCACUCAAAAAGAUAUUUGAUGCUUUCAGGAAUCAAACAGAUGCUCAGGUAUAAAGCACCAUCUUAACCAGUCGUUCAGAGGACGUUUCGAGAAAUAUCAUUUUUACAGCAAUUUUCCAAUCACCCAAAUAUCAUCCGUCUUUUAAAUGUUAUAAAGGCGGAGAACGACAAAGAUAUUUACUUAGUUUUUGAAUACAUGGAAACUGAUUUAAAUAACUGCAUCAAAAAAGGAAAUAUUCUGAAAGAUGUUCAUAAAAGGUUCAUUUUGUACCAGUUGUUACGAGCAGUUAAAUAUAUUCAUUCCGGGAAUGUAAUACACCGUGAUUUAAAGCCAUCUAAUGUUCUGUUAAACUCAGACUGUUUGGUGAAACUAUGUGAUUUCGGCUUGACACGUUCAUUGACAAAUACUCUAGAAAAUCGUACAACAUCUAUGGAAUCAUUUAUAGAUGGAGAUGAUGAUUAUGACAAUCCUGUGUUAACCGAAUAUGUAGCUACGAGAUGGUAUCGGGCGCCAGAAAUUCUGCUAGCUUCAAAUCGUUAUACAAAAUAUGUAGAUAUAUGGAGCUUAGGGUGCAUAUUAGGCGAAAUGUUACUUGGUAAAGCAUUAUUUCCCGGUACAUCGACAAUCAAUCAAAUUGAGAGAAUCAUAUCGGUUAUGGAAAGACCAACAAUACAAGACAUUGAAUGCCUUCAUUCAGACUACGGUAGAUCAGUGUUGGAUAAAGCUUUACAGAAACCAUAUCGUCGCUUACGUACGUUAUUUUCAAAUAAUACAGAAGAACAAGCUUUAAAUUUACUUGAAAAUAUGAUUCAGUUGAAUCCAGAGAAACGCUUCACUGUUGAACAAGCAUUAAAUCAUAGUUACGUGGAAAACUUUCGUGAUCCUUCAUCUGAAAUCGUAUUGAAACAUCCAGUUACCCCAAUUCUAAGAGAUGACAAACAAUUAAGCGUAUCAGAUUAUCGUCAAAAAUUAUAUGAGAUUAUAGUGGAAAAGAAAGCUCAACAUAAAAUGCGAAAAAUGCUGUGUUCAGUUGAACUGAAUGAAAACAAAACAACUGGAACUUCAUUGGCUUCAAAGAAAGAAUUGAAUCAUGAAAAUACUUCUGAAAACAAAUCCAAAACCGAUCUGAUUAAUCAAAAUAUCAAUAGAGUUGGCUGUCACGAUCCAAAACUAAGUAAUACCAACCAACAAUAUAAACCAACUGAAACAGUAAAUCAAUAUCAAUGUCGCUCUGAUUUAAAUGAGACGAAAUCUCUGUCAGAUUCAUAUAAUUCGCGAAAUCAAGGUAGCACAAAUAUUAACCACAAUGUAUCAAUCUCAUCACCGGUGAAUCAUAUAAAACAUUUACACAGCAACAGUACAUUAGAAAAUGAACACACUUCUCAAUCCAGUGCAUAUAAUCAGCCAAAAUCCACAUCUGUUUCUAUAAUUAAGGAGAGCACAAACUCCAAUAUAACGAACAAUAACAUAUCUGGCGAAUUACGUAGACGAGUAACGAUACCUACCUCAUCUGUCAGUUCACAAAAAUGUAAACAUGAAUUUUCUUUAAACUCAGAGAGCCUAAAUAACACUCAGAUUAUGAAAACCAGUAUGAGUAAGGAAGCAAAUAACCCAGUUAUCCUUCGGGGAAACAGGAAUACAAAUUUCGGAAGAAAUUCUCAGCACAACUCAGUGAAACCAAUAAAUUAUUGUCAUACAAAUAACAAACAACAGAUCGUCAACACACCGUCUACAUCAUCGUUAAUAACACCAUCAAAAUUAUACUCUCCAUCUUUUAGUAAUUAUAAUCAAACAUAUGGUACAAUAUCCUUAUCUCAACUACACCAAUUACAUACACGUAAAUGGGCAAAUUAAGGAAAUAAAAUAAAUUUUUUGUGAAAAUCUGUAAACAUCUUUUUUUUCUUCUUGAUCUUCAUGUUUUCAUUAGAUCAUUAAAUGUACACAUUCAUAUCAGGGAUAAAUCAUCAGCAAAUGAAUAACACAAUGUCCAUUCAUUGUAUUUACAAAUUGCAAUGUGUACUUUACCAUGAUUAAAAUUUAACACCACUAGCGUGAUUUUCUGAAAAAGAAAAAUUCGCAUUUUUUGAAUUUUAAAUCAUUUCUAUGAAAUUUUCACAUUUACUACUUCAAUGAACUGAUUCUUCUUUUACAAUUUAUGAAUCUACUUUUCAUUCUAACUAAUGAUAAUCGAUGUAUUUUCAUUAAUUCAUUAAACAUGUACUAAAUAGUAAUUCAAGAAAGUUGUAUAAAUUUCAUCAGAAUGAAGAAAAUUGUACUAACAGUUUUUAAUAUUCGGAAUAUGUUG